AUGGACAAAGGUGCAACAUUUUCAACCGAGGAACCAGAACCUGGAGUUCAUGGAGGUCUAGAUGUUCAUAGAGGUCUCGAUGUUGACUUUCAUAGAGGUCUAGAUGUUCAUAGAGGUCUAGAUGUUCAUAGAGGUCAAGAUGUUCAUAGAGGUCUAGAUGUUCAUAGAGGUCCAGAUGUUCAUAGAGGUCUAGAUGUUGAUUUUCAUAGAGGUCUAGAUGUUCAUAGAGGUCUAGAUGUUUAUAGAGGUCUUGGUGUUCAUAGAGGUCUAGGUGUUCAUAGAGGUCUAGAUGUUUAUAGAGGUCUUGGUGUUCAUAGAGGUCUAGGUGUUCAUAGAGGUCCAGAUGUUCAUAGAGGUCUAGAUGUUCAUAGAGGUCUUGGUGUUCAUAGAGGUCUCGGUGUUCAUAGAGGUCUAGAUGUUCAUAGAUGUCUAGAUGUUCAUAGAGGUCUAGGUGUUCAUAGAGGUCCAGAUGUUCAUAGAGGUCUAGAUGUUUAUAGAGGUCUUGGUGUUCAUAGAGGUCUAGGUGUUCAUAGAGGUCCAGAUGUUCAUAGAGGUCUAGAUGUUCAUAGAGGUCUUGGUGUUCAUAGAGGUCUUGGUGUUCAUAGAGGUCUAGAUGUUCAUAGAGGUCUAGAUGUUCAUAGAGGUCUAGAUGUUUAUAGAGGUCUUGGUGUUCAUAGAGGUCUAGGUGUUCAUAGAGGUCCAGAUGUUCAUAGAGGUCUUGGUGUUCAUAGAGGUCUAGAUGUUCAUAGAGGUCCAGAUGUUCAUAGAGGUCUUGGUGUUCAUAGAGGUCUAGGUGUUCAUAGAGGUCUAGAUGUUCAUAGAUGUCUAGAUGUUCAUAGAGGUCUAGAUGUUCAUAGAGGUCUAGGUGUUCACAGAGGUCCAGAUGUUCAUAGAGGUCUUGGUGUUCAUAGAGGUCUAGAUGUUCAUAGAGGUCCAGAUGUUCAUAGAGGUCUAGAUCUUCAUGGAGGUUUAGAUGUCUAAAGAAAUAAGAUGCAAAGAUUACUAAUAUUUGCAAAAAAAAAGGUGUAAAAAUGACUGGUAUAAAGAAUAAUAACCGGAUUGAAGUAUAUUUAUCCUCACUUAGUCAAUUUAUUGCUACUUCUUGACUUUGUCUAGAUAAACUUUAUUGAACUGUUGGUUACCAAAUGAAGCAGUUCAUUUAAAAAUCAUACAAACAUUUAACGCUCUCCCUGUUCUUAUGUGUACUGAGCAUAAAAAUGAGCUCCUCAACAACACCUUGCUGGUUAAAUCAGAUAAAUCCUGUAUGAACCUGUGAACCAGAUGCAGCUGUGUGACCUGCAUCAGAGUAAUUACAUGCACGGUGUUUUAUUUUGAAAAAAAAAAAGAGGUUAAUUUGUUUAUUUACUGGACGGUCAGGCUGCUGUUUGACUCGAACAGACGCUCUGGAUGCCAUCUGUGGCCCAAAGCCUUUAAUCAGCCUUAAGUCUGUCGACGGAGCAGCAAAGGUCCUUAAGAGCUUAGAAAGCACAACACUUUCUCACACAUCCUCACAGCUCACGCUCAGACGGUGGUUUGAACGUUUGUGUCGUCUUCGUUAGCCUGAAACCUGAACGAUGCGAUCCAGCAGCUCCCGCCAGAAUGAACAUGCAGUGUUAAAUAUAUGAUAUAUGUGAGGCAUUUCAGAUGUGUUGUAUGAAAUUUUGUACAAUUAUGAUGCAUUUUGUUCACAUAUUGGACUGCUUUAAACUGCAUUUGGACAUUUUUUGUAACAUAUUUCCAGGAAUAUCUUUGUCAUUUUCGUAAUUUCUGACAGUUUUUGACUUAUUGUGGACGAUUUUAAUCAGAUUUUUGAAAUUUCGCUGUCACUUGGAACACAUUUGUGGCAUUUUGACCUCAAUAUACACACUUUUUAGGAUAGUGCGGGCAAUUCUAACACAUUUUAGAGCACUUUUAGGUUAUUUCGGACAAGCCAUGUAACUAAAUUGAUGCUGUUUUGUUGGCCUGAGUGUAAUGUCUGACUCACAGUCAUUAAACGUUGACAACUGUAUGGA